AUGCGGCCCUGCUGUGCGAAGCUGAUGCUGGAGGCAGGGAGAACGGAGGCGGUGAUAAAGAACUUCAGCCCACACUACAGACGCCAGUACGCAGUGUCUUUCUGCAAGCACGUGCAGAAUGAGCUGGAGCAGCACCGGGACUCCCAGUCCCAAUUCCUGAAAACCAAGCCCCCAGUGGAAGCUGGGACGGUCUUGUAUGAAACAGAGGUGCUGCAUUUUGCCGAGGACCUGAAGAAGUGGAAGGACAGAUACGUUGUUAUCCAGAGUGACUAUACUGUAGAUUGCUUCGAGACCAAAGAGGCCUACCAGAAAGGAGCCAGCCCUAAGUAUCAUAUUCUUCCUGCAGGAGGCAAAGUACUAACUUCAGAAGAAGAUUACAAUUUGCUGUCUGAUAAACAUUUUCCAGAUCCUGUUGGUUGCAAUGAGAAGGAGGGUGCCCAGGCCUUUGUGCAGCUGCCGAAGGAGUUUCCCGUGUACCUGUGGCAACCGUACUUCAGGCACAGCUACUACUGCUUCCCGGAGCCCGAAGCGCAGCAGCAGUUCAGCGCGGUGCUCAGCGACUGCGUGAGACACUCCAACCACGAUUUUCUCAAGCAGACCACCUAUGAAGUGGAGGCAUUUUUAGAAGCCAUUCAGUUCUUCCGUCAGGAGAAAGGCCACUAUGGGACAUGGGAAAUGAUCACUGGCAAUGAAAAACAGAUUUUAAGCAACCUUGUGAUGGAGGAACUUCUACCUAACCUUCAGACGAUGAUCCUGCCCAAAAUGAAAGGAAAGAGGAAUGAUAGGAAGCGGGCCUGGUUUGGUAUUGUGGAAGAAACAUACGGCUUAGUCCAGCAGCAAGUUUCUGAAGGACUAAGUACCUUGAAAGAAGAAUGUAGAGAUUUUGCAAAAACUCUUGAAGCAACCAUUCGCUCAGAUAUGGAUCAGAUUCUGAACUCAAAGAACUUCUUGGCUGGAAAAAUUAAAGCCACUGUUUCUGAGCCUGCCCAGAAGUGCUGCACAGAAAAUAUUCAGCCAUUUCUCACCUCCAUUUUGGAGGAGCUCAUGGGCCCAGUGAGUUCGGGAUUCACUGAAGUCCGCUCGCUCUUUGAUAAAGAAGUUAAUGAAAUCAUCCAGAACUUCCAGAAAACAAAUGAUACCACAAAGUUGAAGGAGAAUGUGGACCAGCUUAUGAAGCUACCAUUCAACUCUGUGAAAAUGGAGCCUUGUUAUCUGAAAGUGAACCUCCUCCAGGAACUGCUUCAGGAUCUCAAGAGUCGCUUCAAGGUCUAUCACAUUGAUUUUGUGGUUCAGAGGACGCAGAACUUCAUGCAAGAGCUGAUGGAAAAUGCAGUUUAUACUUUUGAGCAGUUGUUCUCCCCAAGUCGCCAAGCCGACUCAGCGAAAAUUGCAACAACCAUUGAAAAAGUCAAGCUGAGAGUACUGAAGCAAUAUGAUUAUGACAGCAGCACUGUUCGGAAGAAGAUAUUUCAAGAAGCAUUGAUACAGAUCACUUUGCCCACAAUGCAGAAGACGCUGGCUUCAACAUGCAAACCAGAGCUGCAGAAAUAUGAGCAGUUCAUUUUUGCUGAUUACACUAGUGUGAUCCAAGUAGAGAACGUCUAUGAAGAGAUUUUGUAUCAGAUGCUGCUUGAAGAAACCUUGAAAGUAAUAAAAGAAGCAGCCAUUCUGAAGAAACACAACCUCUUUGAAGAUAACUUGAAUUUACCAUGUGAAAGUGUGUCCAGUUUAACUGAUUUGAAGACUCCUUCAGGAUCAGCUCAAACCACUCCUGCUAAGAAGCCUUCCACCACCAGAGCAGAAAUACCAGAUACUGAAACUCAAAGUGAGGAAACACUUGUUGUGACUGAAAAAAAUUCCUGGGAGAAGGAUCGUGGUGAUGGCAAGUCACUAGAAAAAGAGGCAGUAGUUACCGUCAAAGUGGCUGAUAAUCAGGCAAGCACAAGAGAAAAAGUGAUCAUUACAGACAUCCGCGAAAAGCAGGAUUCCCCUCCAUAUACUCCUAAGAAGCUGGAGGCUGCAGAGGAAAAAAUAACUUCCCAGAAUGAAGAUAAGGAGAAAGCUGAGUUUGUGGAGACACCUGAGAAAGAGCUUAAGACACAAGAAGGAGCUGUGGAGGGAAAAAUAACUUCUGAGACAGAAACCACAGUGCAAAUAAAUUUUGGAGCCAACACUGAAACAGAAUGUAAGAAACCAAGUUUGUAG